AUGGUGGUGGAGAAUCAAAAUGGAGCCGAAGAGUUUAUGGGUGAAGGGCAGAAUCUGGAUUUAAAAUUCACACCGAGCACGUUCAACUGGAACAAUUGGGUUACAAGAAAAAGUACAACGUUUGUUUGGAGAGCGAUUGACGAGAAAGUCCCUUCGGCAGUGGCACUAAGAGGAAGAGGCAUGAACUUGCCUGACGUAACCUGUAAAACAUGUGGGGCAGCGGAUGAAAUUGCAGGUCAUAUACUCCUCGGUUGUAGUUUCGCCAAAAGAGUCUGGGAGGCGAUUACUACAUGGUUAAAAAUCCCGAUGGUCAGCACGGAGUGGAACAUUGCGGAGCUGCUGAUGGAGAUGUCCGAGAUACAAAGAAGUCGGAAUGAAAGGAAAGCCAUACAUGCUGUAGCAAUUCAAACGAUGUGGAUACUGUGGAAGACAAGAAAUGAACGGGUUUUCAAAGGAAGACAAGGCGUGGUCCAAACGGUAGUGGAAGACAUAAAGGAUGCCUCUUUUCAGGGAUUGAAGCAGAGAUCAAAAUAUUGUACGAUAUCGAGGCGGGAAUGGUGGAAUUUUAAUGUAAACUUGUAA